GAGAGAGAGAGAGAGAGAGAGAGAGAGAGAGAGAGAGAGAGAGAGAGAGAGAGCUUUUCCAUCCAGUGUGAAUGUAGAGAGCAGCACUGAUUGAACAGAAGAGCACGCGCGCUUUUCAUUUUCCGAACGCGCGAUUGAUUAAAAUCUCUCCGAUAAAUGGGACUCUGGACUAUUUCUCACCUCAUAACCUGCUCAUAAAGAGAGAUUAUGUUAACUGUGGUGUUCCAGUUUCCUCUCAUCGCCGUUCUUGCAAUAUCAGGUGUUAGCGGUCAGACUGUUCACACGGACAGCGACCGCUCAGGCUAUGUGGGCACUCAGGUGGAGCUGCGUUGUCAUUUUGCCAACAGUAAACCACCGGUGAAGAUCUCCCAGGUCACCUGGCAGAAGUCUUCCAAUGGCACCAAGCAGAACGUGGCCAUCGCCAAUCCCGCUCUGGGAGUGUCUGUGCUCCCAGCUUUUAAAGACCGGGUGAGGUUUAAGAACCCAGCGGUUCGCCUUAAAGCAACUUCACUGGAGGACACGACUAUCGUCUUCAAUAACCUGAAAUUGGCCGAUGAGGCCACGUACAUCUGUGAAUACACCACCUUUCCUGCGGGUAACAGGGAGAGCAUGGUCAAUCUCACCGUUAAUGCUCGACCAAUGAUCCAGAUGAGCCUGUCCACACCAACCAUAGUGGCAGGAUCAAAAGAUAUGAAAAUGACCGUAGCAACAUGUGUCUCAGCUAAUGGGAAGCCUCCUGCUGUGAUCACAUGGGACACAGAGUUAGACGGCGAAACAAAGACUGAGGAGAUCAGGAAUGCAGACGGGACGAUAACAGUGCGCAGCGAUUACAUCAUGACACCCAGUCGAGAAGCACAUGAGCAGCGACUUACCUGCAUCUCUACCUACAAUAACGAUCAGCAAACAGAAAACGUUAUUCUCAACAUACAGUAUGAGCCAGAGGUGAGCAUUGAGGGUUUUGAUGGAAACUGGUAUAUAAAUCGAGAGAACGUUCAGCUAACUUGCUUGGCCGAUUCCAAUCCAGCCAUUUCUACGUUUCAGUGGAGAUUAUCAGGUCUGGAAAGUGGAAAAGACGUCCAAAUUCUAAACGGAUCCAUGCCGAGUACAGCCGAGCAACGUGGAGAGACACUAAUCUUUAAAGGCCCUGUAACGUAUGAAAUGGCAGGAACAUACACGUGUGAUGCCACGAACAGUAUCGGUACAGGCUCAGCAUCAGUCGAGGUGAUUAUAACAGAGUCCCCUAGCUCAACAAAUGCUGAGCAACAGCGAGCAGGUGCCGCUAUUGGUGGAGCAGUUGUGUGUGGUACAGUGCUGCUGGCAGCCAUUAUAUUGUUGGUGGUCUUCUUUCAUCGGCAAAGGCGCACGUUUAAAGGAGAUUACAGCACCAAAAAACAGGUUCUGGCCAACGGCUUUGGCAAAGCAAGCGACUUGUCUUCAUGCCCCUCUCUGCCUCAGAGCCUGACCUAUCCCGAAGAUCUGAACUACCCUGAGGAUGAGAAGAAGCCUGAACUUUAUGGCCCUAGUUUCUUAGGUGAAAGUGUUCCAGAGUUCCAUAACCAUCCUUCCAACAGCAUGACGACCUACAGUCCAGCGGAGGAAAACAAGAGGUUGAGAUUUAAUGAACAGAGCUACAGGGAUGGCUUUGGGUCUGAAUUGGAAGUCUCUGUGGAUAUGGUUCCUCAAAAAGAUGGUUCUGUCAUCUCUAAGGAGGAGUGGUAUGUGUGAAAAGAAAACAAAGGGGGGAAAUCUUUAUAUAUAAAUUCAUCGACAUUCCAAUAGCUAGAAUUCCUUCCUUCUUUACAUGCUAGUAAAUACAGCUUAAAAUCCAAAUAAAUGGGUCAGCUUUAUUUAUAUUAAUCUCUGGUGUUGGAACGCAGUUGAGAAUAAUGAGCAUUGUUCAUACUUUCUCUGGCUCUGUUUCUGAUUUGUUAUACAUUUGUCAUACACCAAAGUAAAUUACACCACAGUGGUACUAAAUCCUCCAACAUGACUGACCUAAAGGUGUUUAAUGUUCUAUAACAGCAGCUCUGACACUAGUCCCAGCUAGAAGUAAAAUGAUUAUGUGUUAUCUUUAUUGUUUCUAUUAUAAAAAUGAACUCAUGGGAGCUUUUACAUCAAACACUCCAGGUAAUCUAAGUCGAAAAAAAAUAGUGUUAAUAACAAAGAAAAUCAUUCAAGAAGUCUCUAGUGUCACUAUAAAAGUCAAAGAAGCUGCAGUACAGUUGUAAUUUUAAUCUGCGAUUUUCUUAUUAAGAAGCUGCUUUUUUUUAUUUGUAAUUAACUUCAAGAGAAAGUGAAGGAGCGACUGUUUAUAGCUGAUAACAGGAAGUAGCUCCGUUCAUAAUGUUAUAACAUUAAAUUACAAACAGGUUAAAAAUAUAUAAUGAUAUAUAAGAGGGAUCGAGCAGUACAGGACAUCUGGUUAUAGAAAAAUUUAUCAGUUUCAGGCUGGAAAUGUGUUUUAUUGCUUCCUUCCUUUCUUUGACCCAGUUCUUUGGAUACAUUCAGUAUUAAUUGUUAGCACUUAACAGAGCAGAUAAUGGCACAUUUGAUAUAUAGAUAUAUAUGAGUAUGUAAGCAUAAAGAACAUGUUUUGGGAAUCUAUUUUUUUCCCAGAGAAGCUCAGAUACCCUGCACAGCAGACACACUCACGCCUGACCUUGUCUUUAUCAGGACACGGUCACAGAGUGAGACAGUUGGGCAUGAGUAAAGGCAGCGAAGUCUAAACAUCUAGCGGUGGCAAGAAAAGUGUGUGAGAGGUCGCAGCACUUCACACGCAUACAGAAUGGGUUCAGAACAAACAUUUUCUCCAUUUCUUCCAUUCAAACAUUUUUCAGGCACUUUGUUUACUGUGAAAAUUUUGCACUGUUUCUGUUAUUAUAAUAGAUAUUGUGGAUGUUUUUUAAUUAAGAGAACAAAAUGUCAAAUUUCAGCAUAAAAGGUGGCAUACUGUAAGUGGCAACAGACACUAAAAAUCUAAAAGAAAAAGCAGUUUAUUAAAACCACACGUAAAAUGGAGCAUGUAUGCAAGCACAGCCACAAAACGUUAUACAGUAUGACUGAUUUCUAAUAAACUGUGAUGAGGCAGAACACAUGAAUUACUGCUUGGCAUUAUAUCACUUUCACAACAAACAAAGCUUCCUGCCAAGCGGUUUAUUUUUUUUUGUCAGACAUUAUGACGUGAGACGGUCGAAAGCACAAACUAAAAUGAAACAGAUUACAAUGUUCAGCUAAAUACUCAUAGAGUCAUGCCUGACAACUCCUAACAUGAAGUCAAAUAGGUCAUGUCCAGCAUACAGAAUGAACACGAGGAAAUAAACAUAUGUCUAAUCACAAAUUCACAUCAGUAAAUAUAUCUGUUGUAUCAGAAGAGUAAAAUCUGAUGUUUUUCAAUGCUUUUAGUAGUCUUAUAUGAUUGACUGCACCAGAAGCCUUUGAUAAACAGUGAAGAUUUAGGUGCAGGGCUUUAUAGCAUCUGUGGGACGGAGCUUAGUUACAAAUGCACUUUUAUUUCCCAAAGUGUUCGAGUGAGUGCUCAGAGUGAGACUUAUAUCAUCAUGUUGUUAAAUCCAGGCCCAGAUGGUGUUGUGAUAUGUAGCUGAAUUGUGCCUCAAGCGAGACUCCAUUUAGAUUUUUACAUAUUGUUACUGCAUGACAGGUGCAGUUUGUAAUGUUUAAGCAUGUUUCUUUCUGUUGUAAAUAUAGAAUUAUAACAUUAGAAAAUCUUUAGGUUUUACUGUUCUCUGGUUGGGAAAUAAGCUCCGCCCCCACCCAGAACAGAGCUGCUCAACACUGCUCUUUUUCCUUACGCAUAAGCAGCAUUUAGUGCAGUUUUGAAUCGAAGCCUAGUGUGUUUAUCCUCUUGGCGUACUUCAUUUAGACUCUGUGAGAAGACAGCAAUCCACAGCUGCUGCAGCUUUUUAGGACUGCAGAAAAACAAAUGCAAGGGGAAGUCCUUAUUCUUUAAGCAAGGAACUGCAGCUGUGAAUACAUUUUAAAGGAAAUAAGGAUGUAUACCACAUCAAGUAACUGUUCCAGCUGCACAGUUAAAAUGAAUAAGAAAAUAAGAUGGAUGUUGAUUGUAGUAGAAGCAAUUGUCGGAUUAUAUUACAUAUUUAAGGCAUGGUCUACUAUUAUCCAACCAACUGCCAUAUUACCACCAGUAACAGACAUCAAAACAUGUGACUAAUUUGAGGAAAAUUACAUCUACACAUAUUUUUCAUUCUGCAGUAACUCUGAGAAAAACUAUGAUAUUUGACAUGUAUAUAAUCAGCUGUUUACACACACACAACAUGGCUCAACAUCAUAUGUAGUUUGUUUGCUAAUUGGGAAGACGUCACUAUAACAUGUUUGAUUCACAGUUAAUGCAUGCUCCUAAUCUUCUGAUUUUAUAAUAUAGCCUUAAACAAGCUGUAAUAUUUAUUAUGGUAUUUGUAGUCAGUCCUGAGUUAGAAGGUAAAUGAUACUGCAACAUGUACGUUACUCUACCGGAGCUGAAAGUGCCAAUCAUGUCCUGAGUGCAGAGAUCGAAUAAAUCAUCAUCGCUAAGGGAGCGCUGUCUUACAACACUGACUGGUUCAAAUCUCCUAAUUAAAAAAUAGCUGAAAGUAGUAGAUAAUCAACAAAAAUUCCAAGCUAAAAAAAAAAAAGUUCUUAUUACAGAACUUAAAGUCCAUGGGAUGGACUAGCUAGCUAAUCCAGCUAAUCUUGUCGUCAGGCUGGAUUAGUGUGUUAUUAAGCAUGUUGUUUCAUGUUGUACACUGUUGUCUGAGUUAAGGUAAGGCUAAUAGGAGGACCUGGAUCAGAUCCAGACUUUUAGUUUUGCUCAUGUGCCCUAUAUUACAUCUUCCCAAUUAGCUGGCAAAAUUCAAAAUCAUCGAAACAGAAAUGAAGCACAUUGUGCAGUAGUAUUUGUGCUAUCUCAGGAAGCUGUGACCAUAUAAGGAAAGGAAAUGGCUGGGGGUGACAGUCACAUAUGCUGAGAGGAUGGAAUCAGUUCAGCUGUAAGAAUAAACAAAUUUAUCACCAGAUUAAAACCAAGCUGAGCAAAAAAAAGAAAAAAAAACUGAUGAUGAAUUAAUUCUAAAACGCAGGUUAUAAAUGGAAGUCGUGGCAAUUCAACUGUCAUUUAGCAAAACAUGUCUAGUAAAUGUAUUUUGUACAAUCAUGUCCAAUCCUAUCAGCAGAUUGGUAAAAACUCAUACAAAGGCUGCAAGCUGGUUAAAUAUCUGCACUUCAGACACCAUAAUAGUUACUAUUUUAGAGCUGCAUGAACUCAUUAUGUUUUAUAGAUAUAGAUAUAUACAGCAAGACGCUGUGCAUGCGCUGCAUUAUCAACUCCACCAAAGACUUACAAAAGUUAACAUGUUCUACCAAAUGACAGAAAAGCUCUUAAAAUCAUUUAUGGUUUGAUGUGUCAGAUGUAAUUUAUUGACUUAAAAAACACAGUAAAACACACGUUCUUGUACAUAUUUGCUGUAUACAUGUCUUGUAGUGCAACUGGUUCUGUGCAAAGGGAAAACAGUAAAUAAUGUAUAAUGUGUAUAUGUCGUGCUCAAAUCCAGUUCUGUUCUCCAAAGUGUUACAUAUUCCUGAAAUGUGAUGACUAAUAUGUUUUUUUUUUCUUUUGUUUUCGCACAUGGAUAUAACUACUCUGUAUACUGUUUUGUAAAUAUUUGAAAUAUGUUGAGUGCUGUGCAAUAAGUCACUAUUGUGAAAUUUACUUAUGCUGUACAAUAUACUGUAUAUUUCCACUGGCAUGUCAUUUGUUAAAUUAAUGCGUCAUUUUCUUGUGGGUUGUAAUUGUAUUUUAUAGUUUAAGUGUAGCUUGCAUAUGUAUUUGUUGGGAUUUCUGGGCAUAAGCACAUGGUUAUUGUUCUUUUGCAAAUAAAAAGUGAAACUUCA